CGCCCGCAAAACCACCAUCCGCAUCCCAAAACCAGUCAAGACAGAAUUCAAUCACAACCAAGGCGACCAAACAAUCUUGUAGCUAAAGGAAUCGAGAGCUGGUAACAAGAAGAUGUGUUCGAUCAAGAAGGAGAUGAGCGGCGAGUCAGGGUCGACUUGCAGCUCGGCCUCGACCUCGUCGGAGCACCAGACGGUGUGGACGUCACCGCCGAAGCGGCCCGCGGGGCGGACCAAGUUCCGGGAGACGCGGCACCCCGUGUUCCGCGGCGUCCGGCGCCGGGGCAAUGCCGGGCGGUGGGUGUGCGAGGUGCGCGUCCCCGGGAGGCGCGGCUGCAGGCUCUGGCUCGGCACCUUCGACACCGCCGAGGCGGCCGCGCGCGCGCACGACGCCGCCAUGCUCGCCAUGACCGGCGCCGGCGCGUGCCUCAACUUUGCCGACUCCGCCUGGCUGCUCACCGUGCCGGCCUCGUACGCCACCCUCACCGACGUCCGCCACGCGGUCGCUGAGGCCGUGGGGGACUUCGAGCGCCGCGAGGCGCUCGCGGACGACGCGCGCUUGGCCACGUCCUCGGCGCCCUCUUCUCCCGCCGCCGUCGACGACGAGGAGGAGUCCUCUCAGGUCACUGAGGACUUGCCGUUCGAUUUGGACGUGUUCAAUGACAUGAGUUGGGACUUGUACUACGCGAGCUUGGCCCAGGGGAUGCUCAUGGAGCCGCCGCCCAUGGCCACGGCGUUCGGCGACGCCAACGUCGUUGAUGUGCCACUCUGGAGCUACUAGAAUCUCAGGCCGUAGUACUUCGAAUCUUGCCAAUUUAUUUCUCUUGGCUUCCGAAUUUCAGAUGCCACAUUUGGGUACUGUAACGGUUACUUCUUUUGGUAAUGAGACACAGCACGUUGGGAAAA